AUGGAGGACUCACGAGAAUCGACCUUAAACAAAAAAGACUUGAUUGAUGGUACAAGUUCGUCAAGUUACAUAGAGGGCUGUAAAGACCUAGGUGUUAGUAAUUUGGAAAACUCCAGAGGCUCCAAACGCAGUCGUUACUUGUAUCCUAAUACUAAGAUAUGGCCUAUGGGUUAUGGCUUGAAUACUUAUGUGUAUAAACGUAAACAAAAAAAGUGUCUAAUGAAUAAUGACGAUUUUGAUACAUUACCAGAAGAAAUAGUAUUAAAUAUAUUUAAAAUGAUGGACAAGCGUACUUUACUUAAAUGUGCACUUGUAUGCCAUCAAUGGCGACGUAUUGCAUAUGAUGAAUCUUUAUGGCAACAUUUAAACAUACCGUCUCGUCGUAUGAGUGUCGAGACUUUAGAUAAUAUUCUUGCCCGUAAUAUCAAAUACUUUUCUGCUUCUCAUUCAAAUUUUUAUAUUUAUGCAAACCAGUGUUUAUGUACAACACCAUUUCCCAAGUUGCAGUACUUAGAUUUGAGUUCUGUAUUUAUGCAUUAUAAUACGCUACGUUCAUUAUUAAGGCAAUGUUCUAAUUUGAUAAAACUGAGUUUGGAAAAUUGUACUGUAGAUUCUUUAUGUUGCCAGUACAUUGGACACAAUACCAAUUUAAAAGUACUUAACUUAGCUUCAACAAAUGGUCUUGACCGCAAUGGCUUGGUUCAUAUAGUGUCUCUCCAAAAUUUGGAUGAAUUGAAUGUGUCUUGGGCUAAAUUGGAUGAUGACAAUUUACAUUAUCUGAUUGGCAAUAUGAUCCCAAAUAUAAAAUGCCUUAAUAUUAGUGGAUUUUUGAAACAGUUAGCAGAUUUUGAUUUGUCAAUGUUGAGUAGCCGUUGUACGAAACUACUUGAAUUGGAUAUUAGUGAUAGCCUUGCUAUUACUGCAAAAAGUUUGGACAAAAUAUUAGAGAAAAACCAUAAUUUAAAAGUGUUGUCCAUUAAUCGCUGUUACAAUAUUGAUACUCCUAGACUAUUAAAUCUAACAGAGCUUUCGAGAAGGAAAAGAAAUUCUAUUAUGAGUUUGAGGGAGGUGAAUUUGAUUGGCAUAGCACCCAUGCGAAUAUUGGAGGAUAUAGCUGGUUAUAACCCAGAUAUGGCUUUGAAAAUAAAUGGUAGCAAGUUUUCUCGUAUUGGCCGUCCAAAACUGGCACAGAAUAUACAUACCAUUUGGGAAAUUCCUGCUUUCAUAGACUGCUAA